AUGAAAUAUUUAAAUGUAGCAGAAAAAAAUGAUGCCGCGAAGAAUAUAGCUUUACAUUUAUCAAGAGGAACUUCAAUUAGGCGAGAAGGAUUAUCACAAUACAAUAAAAUAUAUGAAUUUGAAGCUGACGUAAUGGGCCAAAAAUGCACAAUGGUUAUGACUUCAGUAUCAGGACAUCUUCUUGCUCUUGAAUUUGCAAGUUCUUACAAAAAUUGGCAGUCAUGUAACCCUCUAACACUUUUUGAUGCACCAGUUCUGAAAUAUUGCCCUGAAAAUUAUGAGAAAAUUAAGAAAACUUUAGAGAGAGAAGUACGCAGCUGUCAAGGUCUUAUAAUUUGGACAGAUUGUGACAGAGAGGGUGAGAACAUAGGCUUCGAAAUAAUAGAGGUGUGUAGUGCAAUUAAGAGCAACCUGAAAAUAUACCGUGCCAAAUUCUCUGAGAUAACAGCUGUGUCAGUUCGUCGGGCGUUACAGAACCUGGAGCAACCAAACAAGAACAUCAGCAAUGCUGUUGAUGUGAGGCAAGAACUUGAUUUGAGGAUAGGGGCUGCGUUUACAAGGUUUCAAACACUACGAUUACAAAAGGUGUUUCCUUCCAAACUAUCAGAUAGCCUUAUAAGUUACGGAUCAUGUCAGUUCCCAACUCUUGGCUUUGUUGUAGAAAGAUACAGAGCGGUAAAUAAUUUUGUUGCAGAAACAUUUUGGAAAAUAAAAGUUAACCACACCAUGAACAAUCUAAGUGUAGACUUCACUUGGGACAGAGUUCGCUUGUUUGAUCAAGAGGCGUGCCAGGUCCUUCACGACAUAUGUUUAGAAAACCCGUUGGCUAAAGUAAUCAGCGUGAAAACAAAACCUAAGUCAAAGUGGAGACCAUUGCCGUUGGACACAGUGGAAUUAGAAAAAUCGGCUUCAAGAAAAUUAAAAAUCAAUGCAAAAGAAACAAUGCGACUAGCUGAAAAACUAUAUACCCAAGGUUUCAUCAGCUAUCCCCGAACAGAAACCAAUGAAUUCCCCAAGGAAAUGAACCUGGCGCAACUCGUUGGAUUGCAAACCGGUGACCCCAGUUGGGGAGCAUUUGCUCAAGGGAUUUUAGAUAGUGGAGGCCCAACGCCGAGACAAGGGAAUAAGAGCGAUAAAGCUCACCCUCCUAUACAUCCAACGAAAUAUACCAAUAGUUUGUCGGGCAAUGAACAGCGGCUCUAUGAGUUCAUAGUACGUUCAUUCCUCGCCUGUUGCUCAAAAGACGCCCAAGGGCAGGAGACCAGUGUCGCCAUCGAAGUGGCCAAGGAAACUUUCUCAGCCAGUGGACUUAUGAUCACAGCACGUAACUAUUUAGAAGUGUACCCGUAUGACAAAUGGUCUUCCAAAGAGAUUCAUGUAUACGAAAAUGGUCAGACAUUCAAUCCGACCAGUAUCGACAUGGUAGAUGGAAGUACAUCCCCUCCAAAUUUGUUAACAGAAGCCGAUCUCAUUGCUCUCAUGGAAAAACAUGGCAUUGGGACGGAUGCAACUCAUGCAGAACACAUAGAGACGAUAAAAAACCGUUCAUACGUCGCCCUCGCGGACGCGAUACAUUUCGUGCCGGGACUGUUGGGGAUGGGGCUCGUUGAGGGCUACGACGCCAUGGGCUUGAACAUAUCCAAACCUCACCUAAGAGCUCAGCUUGAAGCCGAUUUGAAAGCCAUCAGUGAAGGAAGGAAGCAACCGGAAGUUGUUUUGGCUGAACAGAUAGCGAAAUACAAGGAGGCGUACAUCACAGUAACUGCGGAAGCUAACAAAAUCGAUAACGCGUUAGCAGAGAGGUUCAGCGAACGACCUAACGAAUAUGUUCCUACCACCGAGACCCUACCAGUCGAUAUGCCUACAGUGCUGAAAUGUCCAAAAUGCGGAACAGGUAUGGUGAUAAGGCAAAAGAAGAACAACCCAGAAUUGUUGUUUAUAAGCUGCCAGUCAUAUCCGAAUUGUAAAAAUGCAGUCUGGCUGCCGAGCAUCGUCAAAUCACUGCAAGUGUUACCAGAAACUUGUCCAAGAUGUGGUCCGAACUACAAUAAAUUGAAAUUUGAAUGGCGUAAUAAUUCGAUAAGUCACUUAUAUCCACCACCCUAUAUCGGAUGUAUCGGGGGCUGUGACCCUAUUUUUCUUGAGUUUCUACAAAUAAACCCAUCUAGUGUAAAAGCUUCGACAAACACAAACCAAAACAUACCCAAUAACAUCAGACCGAAUAAUGAAAAUCGCUCAAACAAUUUAGGACCCAAUGCGAACAAUAUUAGACCAAACGUACAGAGAAAUACUUCAAUAGGAAAUAUGCCGUCGCGACCAAAUAAUACGGGUAAUGCGCAACCAAAGCAAUUCGCACCUACCAACAAUAGUGCUAGAGUACAAAAUACAGCAGCACCGACAAGAGUUCCAGCACCAAGGAUUGUCGGAGACUCAGAAGACAAUAAUGUUAUAUGUGGUUGUAACAAACCAGCGAUUCAGUUGACUGUGAGGAAACAGAAUGCGAAUUUUGGUAAAAAAUUCUACAAAUGUCCAGUAGGGAAGGAAAACGGCGGCUGUGAUUUUUUCCUUUGGGCACCUGAGUCCGAAGGGAAUGUUCUGAAUCCUUACGAAACUCCACCUGAGUCGACGAUAUCUCGCGGCCAUGGCUCGUCGCCUAGCAACAGCAGCGGCGGUACUGCAAGGGGCUGGGGCAUAGCGCCCAGCUUCCCCAGGGAAGAGUACCAACAGAACGAGGAUAAUGUUAUGUGCAAUUGUGGUCUGCCGUGUAAAAAGAUAACAGUCCAUAAAGAGGGUCCGAAUAAAGGACGCCCGUUCUACGGAUGUCCAAAAGAUUUCAAUUCGCGAUGCAAUUUCUUUCAAUGGGCUGAUUCUGGAAGCACAGUGGAAUGGGGCGGUAGUAAUGCGACACGAGGCAGAGGUCGAGGUCGAGCCAGUGGCAGUGGCAGUGGCAACGGUGAUGCUGGAGGACCGAGAACGAGGAAAUGCGGUCUUUGUCGACAAGAAGGACACACGAGAUCUCGUUGCCCUAAUAAUGUGUCAUAA